CGCGAGAGUCGCCAGGAGUCACCCGCGGUGACCCACGGUCACUUACGACGACAGACGUUCGCGCUGAUUUUCCGACUGUGCAACAGCAACGUUGACAGACGCUCUAUCGUGGCUAGCAAGAUCAUUCGGAUUCGAAUCCUGGAGUCUACGAUCCUGACGAGCACAAUUGUUCCUCGUCGCGUCAACGAUUGAUAAUCAACCCUGACGAUUAUCAGUUCUGCGAGCAUCGUGCUCCGGCAAUAGAGACCAUCUCGGAGUGUCUUGUGUAGUGGCAAAGUUUUCGAAAAAGUGUCCAGCCAAAACAGCUAUAUUUUAUUUUUUAUUUUUUAUUAGUAUUAGAAUAACAGUUGGAUUUUUGAUAGAGACUUGGACAGUUAUAGCGUUGACACUGUGCUUUUGGUCGCGAAUGAAGAGAAAUGAAGAACCGUCGCGUUAACGUUAAAGAAAUGAUGAUUACAGCUGUACGUAAAAACUAAAUUCAGCGAGAUUAAUUUCUAAUGUAAACUUGAUCUAUUUUUGAAAAAAAAGGGGUGACGCGAAGAGUGUGCUUGACGUGCGGCGCACUGUCAGGGAGACCGCGAUGCACGGCAAAUUUCCCAUUUCCCUCGUCAAAGUCUUUGAAUUCCGGGAUAAUCGUAGCGACAUAGAGUCUUCGGCACGCGCCGAGAGGAACGACCUUCGCCACCGAGAUUUUCAUGGUACCAGCAGACGAAACAGCGGAGCGAUUCACAGCACGAGGUCACCAAGCCGCUAAGGACACUCGAGGACGAGGAGCGCCGUUUCGUAGUUGUGUGUAUAUGUGCGCGCGCGCGCGCACACAAUGUCCAUUCCUGACAACAAAAGUGCAACGCGCGCAAUCAUCGUGCUGGGAGCGUCGUUGAUCCAGAUCACCGUUCACCAGGAUCCGCAUCGAUCAAAAUCACCGUUAUUCAAGAAUCUCGACCGUCGGCUACUCGCGUCGAGUCCCUAGAUUUUCAAUCACUUAGAUCGUGAGACUUCUGAAGACGUCCGAUUAUUCAAAUACUUUUGAUUCACUUGAUCCUUGACUUGAUGAUACUUAAGUAGUUCCAAAACUUUCGUGUUGUCGCUUAAAUAACGAAGAUAAUACGAGCAUCCGUGACUUUGAAGAUAGAAUCGAACGCGAAUGAGGAGAAAGGUGAAGAACCUCCCUUCUUCAGCAGAUAAAUGAGUAGAGAAAAGUGAGGGAAGAAAAGAAGAAAGAAUUUGCGAGACGGGAAAGAGAAGAGAAGUCGGGGAACUCUGUUCAGUAAUUACCGCACUGUUCAGUAAUUACCGCACGAGCCGAAGUAUCUUGCAGAGUGAAAGAGGAGUGAGAGAGAGAGAGAGGAAGAAGAGUCGACAGGAAGGAGAGAUCGAAAAGGGAGGCAGGAAGGAAAAGGAUGUUGCGAUUAAAAGAUACUGGUCCUCUCUUCGACAUCAUGACGGUCCAACCCUUCUUCAGCCUACUGAUCUUCACAGCAAUCCUCGGCGAUCUGACCAUCGGUAGCGCCGAGAGGAUAAGCGGUUUGUACGUGGACAACGGCUUCGAUCAGACGGUGGUCCAUCGUGUGGUCAGCCAGCGUGAGAAACGCGAGGUGGAACACGAGAUCUUGAAUCUGCUGGGACUCCCGGAUCGUCCGCGGAACACUAUCGGCACACCCCCUCAAGUGAAGAGAUCAGCGCCCAAGUUCCUGCUGGACAUCUAUCAGAACGCCCUCGGCGAGGAUGAGGACGAGAAGCCCGUGGUGCAUCGUCACAAAGCCGGGGAGUUCGACCUCAGUGGUCAGGAUCUAAAGGCGAUCGAUCAAAGUGAUGUCAUCAUGACUUUUGCGGCUCACAAUCAUCAUGUCCCGGGGGUGAGACACGAACGUGGGAAGAGGCUCUGGUUCGAUGUGUCUGAUGUACCACGUGAAGAAUACAUGAUCGGGGCUGAGCUUAGACUGUAUCACACCGCACACACGAAGAAUCGGAAGAGCCAUAGCUCCCAUACGAUCACAGCGUAUCGAGUGUUGAAUAUUGAGAACGGGACUUAUCCUUCGUCUCAAUUUCGAGAAUUACAGUACGUUGAUGCCAUAAACGUUACGAGCAAUAAGGAAGGCUGGCUGACAUUGAACAUCAGCGAGGCUUUUGAUCACUGGGUGAACAAUCCGGACGGAAAUCUAGGGUUAUAUCUCUCUGUACAUCCUGCUGAUCGUUCAGAGCAUGAAGUGAGACCGGAAGAUGCUGGGAUUAUAGUUUUCCGAGGUGAUCCAAACAAGCAACCCUUCAUAGUGGGUUAUCUCAAGAGUUCGGGUGUAAGGGAGUCCAAGGUUCGACAGAAACGCGACGCCAAGAGGAAGAAGAAGAGUGAAGUCACUAGUUAUGAUUACAAGAAUAAUCCUUACACUGAUCCUGGAGUGCAGUAUUCACGGACUUGCAAGAUCCAAACGUUAUACGUCAGUUUUCGCGAUUUGCAGUGGCAGGAUUGGAUAAUCGCGCCGGAUGGGUAUGAUGCAUAUUACUGCAGCGGAGAGUGCAACUUCCCGCUGAAUGCUCAUAUGAAUGCGACCAACCACGCGAUUGUUCAAACGCUGGUGCACUUGGUGAGUCCUGGCAAGGUACCCAAGCCGUGCUGUGCGCCCACUAAACUUUCGGCUAUUUCCGUAUUAUAUUUUUUGGAUGAGAGCAAUGUCAUCUUGAAGAAGUACAAGAAUAUGGUCGUUAAAAGUUGCGGCUGUCACUAGAUUUUUUCUUCUGGUUGACGAUGAAUUGAAAAAGAAAAAAUAAAUGAAAACAGCACUCUCUGGCACAGAACUAGAUGAUAAUUUAAUAAUGAGAUAAUAUUUUCGCAUUGCCUCUCGAAUUCUAUUGUUCAAAUGUAAUCUUUAGGAUUUUUUGAAAGCCUAAAGUUAUGGAACCAACGUAAUUCUUGAAAAACUGAAGUAAUCGAUUGGGAUUAAGGUUGCGUUAAAGGCAAUACAUGACCUUCUGUUCUAAAAUAAUUAAUAAGUAUAUUGACAAAUUGUUAUGAAAAAGUAACAUUUUUGUGUGUUGGGACAAUCUUAACAUUUGUGUGUGCCUAAGUAGAGUGUUGUUUAAAAAUGAUAUACAAGGUCUUCCAUUAAAAUAACAACACUUAGAGGUAGGUUUAUUAAGAUUAAUUUUAAAACGACGAUUUUAAUAACAAAAUAUCGUGACAAUCUGUAGAGUUUGUGUUAUAAUCGCAUUCAAAGUUAGCAACUUGAGUCGUCUACACGCUUAGGUGUGGUAUUACAAUUCGGUGUUAAAGACGAAAGCUGAAACUGUCUUAUUAUCCAUUUUAUUAAUAUAAAUAUAAAAAUUGCACGAAUAAAGAUGGUAAGAUUACAAAUGUAGAAUAGAGGUAUAUUUAUUCGGAGAGGUUGCUGCUAGAACGCGCCGCAUACAGUGCUCUUAGGGAGAAAAAUAUCAGAGCGAGGAAAUUAGAUCAAGAAUUGAAUCUUGGACUUUUUGCUCGUCGGAUGACUGUUUUUCCAACUAAGCUAUCCAAGUCCAUACUCUGAUACUUCUCACGCUUGUCUACAUUUAAUUUUGAAAUAAAGUAGGGUACUUUUAUUUCAUUGAAUAAAGCAAAUUUUAAAUGACAACAAAUAACAUCAGCUCGCUACCUGAGUUUAUACAUGUAUUUUUUAUAUCGAGAGGAAUAAUGAUCAGCUUUCGUCUUUGAUACUGUACAUUGUACAAACGGCAUUAUUGAUGCUUUUCCAUUAGAGUUUUUCAAGUAAGAAUUUAGACACUCUCUGAUAUUUUCAAACUAAUUCAUAGUGUAUUUUUAGAAAAUGUUCAGAUUUAAUAAAGAUAAAAAUGACAUUCUGUAUCUUUGAAAUUAAGUUGUUUUGGACAUAUAGUUAUGAUAUACGAAGUUUAUGCCUUGAAUUAAUGUGGGGAUCACCUCUUAAAAUCUUUUAGAGUAACAACCAUGCUGUAGUAUACAGAUGUACUACAUAUAUGUAUACAGGGUGUCUCGUAAUUCAUGAAUCAUUUUCCGUAGACUGGCUAAAUUAAAUUGAAAAGUUUUGUACUAUUUUGCAAUUUUCGCAAUAAUUAAUGAGACAAUAAUUAAUGAAAAUACUCGAAUGAGAGCUGAAUUUUUUACGGUCUCUAUUUGCUUAUGAGAAAUACAUUCUAUUUGAUAAGAGCGUGUCUAGCGAAACUUUUACCUGGAAACCGUUAGGAACAGGAAAUUCCAACGGACCAAGUAGAGAGAGCCUUCCCUUAAAGAAUGCUUUGUGAAGAAAAUCUCAGUUAUCAUUUUUAGUAUUUAAAAAAUCUCUAUUAUUCGAAAAACGUCGAAAAAAAGAAUAGCUUGAGUGCAAAAAAUUUGUGUUUAGGGGGUUUCGAUUAGGGGGUGUUCCAAUUUCUUAAUAAAUUUACUUGUCAGGUAUGCAUAUGUUUAUUUUCAUUUUUUUUUUUUAAUGAAUAAAUGCAGACACAUAUUUACUUGAUAGAUAAGUUUAUCAAAAAGUCGGAACAACUGGCUAGAACAACCGGAGGAAAUUAACUACAAAAGGCAUCAAUAAUGUCUUCUAUAUCAGUUGAGUAUGCGUACUUGAGAUAAUCUGAUUUGUUAAUGCUUAUGAUUCAGAAACUAUUAUUGUCUCAACGUUUUGAUAUUAAGAUUUUUUUCAAAAUAAUCUGAGAAAUCUGCUCUCCUAAGCGUUGUUAUGAUCUUAUGGACCAUCUUCUAUAUAAUUCUAUUUCAGUAAUAUAAAGAAUUAGUUAUAAGAUUUUUAGUGCGUAAAAUGUGACACACUCCAUGUAAACAAUUUAUUAAAAAAUUGGAAUGUGACCACGGAGAGUUAAUAGUUAUUAUUAAAGGAAUAUUCUAGUGUAGAAACUCGUUUUUGAGGUCAAUUUUAGGAACUGAAUCACUAUCAGAGCUAUAGCUUGAGGUUUUGAACACCUAUUUAUUUGUAUACUUUAAGUAAUUCUUCAAAUUUUUUAAAAAUUAAAAAAGCAACGUGCAAAAGGAGAACAUUACAAUUAGCAAAUAGUGAAUUUGAUUGGCUGUAUUGUUUGAUUGAGUACACUCUGGUGCACAUUAAAGCCAUAAUACAUAUGUAAAUUGAUUUAAUAUUAAUGUAUAAAUAAAUUUUAACCACAAAAUUUAGAUAUUCUCUAUUGUGUUAUUUAAUAAAAUAUGUAUUUUAUUCAACAUAUUUACAUCAAGAUUUUUACUUUUAGUUUUAUGUUUACAAUUAGAAUAGAUUAAUGAACAAUAGCUAAUAUAGAUUAGUGUGCACUAUACAUAUAGUGCAGUCUAAUCAAAUUUGCUAUAAUUCACAGAAUAUUUCACUAUGCAGAUACAACACGUAAUAAGUUUACAGAUGUCAAACUUUGUAAGUAUAGAAAUAACAUAAAAGGAAAAGUUGUUUUUGUAUUAAUAUUUUAUAUGUACCGAUUCUUGAUAAUCCUUGAUAAAAAAGAUCAGUACUUUCUUGGUAGUACCAACAAUUACCAAAUAGUUUUUGUAUUUAUAGUGUAAGCUGUGAGCGCGUAGAUGUAUUUAAACGUAAGUGGCAUAAGUUAUUAAUGACGCGCUCGUUAGCGCGUAUUAGUCAUAUAAGCAUGUAUAAAAACGGACAAUUACUAUAUACUCUUGUUAAUUUGUAGGUUUUGUAUAUCGUCAUUGUAAAUACAUUCUUGUAUAUAUUUCUUAUGUUUCUGUACUUCAUAUUUUAAGCAUAUAAAUAAAUUUUAGAAAUGCGGGGACAAGAAAA